AUAUAUUUAUAUAUAUAAGCAAAGCAUUUACUCGUGGACGGUGGAGGUGGAGAACGGGUGGAGCCUGAUGGAUUUUGGAAAAACUGCUGCCUCCCAGACAGAACACGUUCAGAGGACGGACGGCUCUCAGGGUGGAGUUACAGGGACAUUCUUCUCAAGCAUCUUUAAUUAGCAGCACUGAGAGCUCCGGAUGAAGCACUUGUCUGUCAGUUCUGCACUAAGGUCUGUAGCGUGUAAUUGGUCUCCUGUCACUAAAGCAAAACCUGGCUGCACCAACUCACUGUAAAUGCCGGCUGCAGCUCUCAGAAAGGGACCAAGGCAGCUAAGCAGCGCCGUUUGGGUUAAGCAUUCCAUCUACUUACAGUUAUCCUUUGUGUCCUUAUCACCUGCCUGCUAAGUCAGCUGGAACCGUGUGGAUCAAGCCAAAGCAUGGGAAGCAAGUGCCCUCAAUAGGAAACUGUGCCCAGAUCAGGGCAGAGCAUGGUGUGGAUAGUAUUGUGGGCAACCCUCCAGCUCAUCAAAAAGGUAAAUGGAAGAUCUAGAAACAAACAUAUUCCAGACUCGGAAAGGACAUCGCAUAGAACAGAUGGUAGUAAGAUGGCUACGACGAUCAAGAGAUAACACAUCACGCAGCAGGAACUCUACAGGGGAUAGUCCAACCAGAAUAUGCAAUCAAUUCUCCUGCUCCUUAAAGCUAACUGUAGUAAUAGAGAAAGAUCUGCUUCUUGGCAAUUAUGGUUUUGACAUAUCCCGAAACCCUCCCCUUACUGUCACAGCUGUCACUGCAGGCAGUCCAGCUGAAGGAAAACUUUUAGCAGGUGAUCAAAUACUCAGGAUAAAUGGUGAAAAUGUGGAAAAUGUUCCUGCUGAGCAAGCAGCAAACAUUGUCAGGGAAUCUGUCGACUCUAUUACCAUGACUGUUCUUCGAAAUACCUCGAGCCCCAAAUCAUCCUUUCUUACAGCGGAGAAACGAGCAAGGCUGAGAAGCAAUCCAGUGAAAGUGAGGUUUGCAGAGGAAGUCAUUGUAAAUGGCCACACUCAGGGCAACUCUCUUCUCUUUAUGCCCAAUGUGCUCAAGGUUUAUUUAGAGAAUGGACAAACAAAGGCAUUUAAAUUUGAAAGAAAAACAACAGCAAAGGAUAUCAUCUUGACCCUAAAAGAGAAGCUUUCAAUCAAUAGCAUUGAGCACUUUGCACUAGCUUUGGAAGAACAGUACAACAUCUCGAAGGUUUUUCUUCUCCAUGAGGAUGAACUUAUUGAACAGGUGGUGCAGAAAAAAGAAUCUCACGACUACAGGUGCCUCUUCAGAGUCUGUUUUGUACCCAAGGACCCAUUACAUCUACUGCAGGAGGAUCCAGUUGCCUUUGAAUACCUCUAUUUACAGAGCUGCAGCGAUGUGCUUCAAGAACGAUUUGCUGUGGAAAUGAAAUGUAGUGUAGCUCUUCGUCUGGCUGCCCUGCAUAUCCAAGAGCGCAUUCAUACUUGUGGCCAGCCACAAAAGAUAUCUUUCAAAUACAUAGAGAAGGACUGGGGAAUAGACAACUUCUUAUCUCCAACUUUGCUCCGCAGCAUGAAAGGAAAGGACAUAAAAAAAGCCAUAAGUUUCCAUAUGAAGAGAAACCAGUGCAUUCUUGAGCCAAGACAAAAACAACCCGUAUCUGCCUCGCAAGUAAGGCUAAACUAUUUAAGGAUACUUGGAGAUCUGAAGACCUACGGAGGAAAAAUAUUCAAUGCAACUUUAAUGCUGCAGGACAGAGAGUCGUAUGUCACCCUACUUGUGGGAGCCAAGUACGGCAUCAGUCAGAUAAUUAACAACAAACUGAACAUCAUGACAUGCUUAGCAGAAUUUUCCAACAUAAGCAGAAUUGAGCUAAACCCUGAGUCAGAGAAAGUGAGCAUGGUAAAAGUCUACGUGCAGGAUGUCAAGCCACUUACUUUGCUUUUGGAGUCACACAACGCCAAGGAUAUUGCUUGUCUAAUUUGUGGAUAUUGCAAGUUGUUUGUAGAUUCCUCUACUACCAUAUUUCCAUGGCUUGGAAGCAGCCAAUUGCAUCGAGUAUCUGCAGAAGAAGGUUAUGAAUCAAGGGUCUGCAGUGACUCUGAAGAAUCUUCAGAUUUUGAUUCCUCUCUGGAACUGUCAUCUGAUCUUCACAUUCUGAAAUACCAUAGUAUCAAACCCCUACAUGAAGAAGAUGAGGAUAUAGAGGAAGAUAACGAAGAGAAAGAGAAUGUUAAAGAAUAUAAGGAGGAUGGAGAAAUUGAUAGUUGUGAUGUUGGAGAGAGAGGAUGUUGUGACGGGGGAAAUAAUGAUACAGACAGUAUUUCUGAAGCUUCUGACUCUGCUAACACAGAAAGUCAAGGAUAUAAAAUCAGCUGGUCAAGUGAUUCCAUUGAUGCUUUGGAGGAAGAUGAUCUAGAAACAUGCUCUUCAAGUCGACCAGAAUUUUUCCAUUUUUUUACACCCAAUUUUAAAGAUAUGGCCAUAGAUAGUAAAGGUGUUUUCAAUGGAUGUCCAGAACUGAAAGUUAGUGGUGAUGGAAGAAUAGAAUCUGAUCCACUACUUUGUUUUCUGCAGCUGUCAACCAGCAGGACAGAUAGUGCAGUAGAUACAAAGGAAAGCUCUGUUUCACCAAAGGGUACAGAAUACCAAGAAGAUAAUGAACUACAAGGUUUUUCUGUUGGAUGUCAACUCAUAGAAAACAGUGCAAUGGAGUAUUACAGCCUAUGCUCUAACGUAUCACCAGCUAGCAGUGUGGAAAAAUAUAUCCCCAGUAGUCCAGAGAGCAAUUCUGUGAGGGAUCAAACAGCAGAAGCAAAAGGACACAUGUAUAUUCAUGGCCUGAACAAUGAAGUUGAAAAACUAAUUUUAGACCCUCCACCUGGUUUCUGUGACAGUAGCUCAGAAGAAGAGUUUUUUGAUGCCACCGAUCGAUUUACUCCAACACAAACAUCUCCAGGUUCAAAAUCCAAUGUCCAAGGGACUAAAUUUCUUUACUCAGACAAUGUAGGAUUAAAAGGCCCAAAUGCAACUGAAAAACGCAAAAAGCAUCUAUAUUCAAAAAAGUCUGACAAAGUUUUAAGAAAGAGACGAUCUUUUUUACAGACUGACUAUACUUCUCAGGUCACAUUUCCUUUAUCGCCUUCCAGCUCACUGGAAACUAUGGAUCAUGUAUGCUGCUAUGAAAAAGAGUCUCACUUGUCUAUUGAUUCUCACUCUCUGACAGUUUCCUCCUUGAAGGAUACUGAAGGGGAACCUGCUUUAUUAGAAACAAAAUCACUUGCCCAACAUAAAUCUACAGCAAAAACAAAAAGCAGAACACAUUCUCCAAAUUUAAUGGAAAUGGAACCAGACACCAUGGAAAUUAAGUCUGUGACUGAUUCAGUUGUGUCUACCAUCUCUGCUUUUCGUUAUAGAUAUGAUGAAAAUAUGGAAGACAGACAACAAUCUGAAAAACUUUAUCCACUUGAUAGUUGUAAUGGAGAGCAUUCCACGAAAGAGAACACAAUGGAACACAAUGACCGAGCUAGUCCUUCGCAAAUAUCCCUACAGCUGGACAAUAUAAGUAUCGAUGGCCAAACUAAUGUCUGCUUGCAAGGGUUUAACUUUGACAAUAGCAGUUCAAAAGGCUUUUUAAAUAAAGAUAAUAUAGAAGACUUUCAGUCAGAGAUUACAACUACAUUUAAAAACAUAUUUGAGGACAGAGACCAACGAGGUCAGGAUGGCUACUGUAGUUCAGACCCUUACAUAGAUCCUACAGGCAGACAGUUAUUGUACAUUGCUAAAUUGGAAAAUGAACCAGUCUCCCCUACACACACUGUACAGAAAUCAGAGACGGAUGGACUAAAGUUACAUGAGAACAAUAUUAUUAGUGAUGGAAGUCCUUUUCAUACUUCUGCACAAAAUACUGAAACACAAAACGAUUUCCAAGCCUCCAAUGUAUUAUCUAAUUUAUCUGACAGACAUAAAUCUGCUUUUUGUGAAGUAGGUCCCUUGUGUGAAAGAGAUUUAUCACCAACAAUCAAUGAAGCAUCUACUAUGAAAAAUACAUACACAACUGCCAAUUGUGCAGUUAUGUUAAUGCCAUCCUGUUCAUCACCAGAAAAUCUGAAUUCUCUCAAAUUGUGCUAUGAUGAGGAAGAGGAAGAGCAUGGGUAUUUUUCACAAAACAGAACUGCUAAAAAGAGCAACUCACCAUUGUUUAAAUCAAGUAAAGAAAGAGCAAUAGACUUUAAACAGAAUGACUAUUUAAUAAGCUAUGAUUCAUCCUUUGCGGAGAAGGGGUGUCAUGAACUGGAAAAUUCAGAUAAAAGGCCAGAGAUCCCUAAAGUUGGAAACUGCAGCUGCCAGUUAUCUUAUACAAGUUGUUUUCGUGGUGGAGAGACUGAGACAGAUGAUGAAACUAUUGCCAAUGGGGUAACUGCGCCAGCAUUACCAAGGACAAAACCUCCCGCUUCAUAUAAUGUACGAUUUGUGGAAGGAAACAGCAACAGUAACAACACUAGAACACCAGAACAAUGUAAAACAUUUAACCAUUUAAAAGACAGAGUAUAUAAUCCUCUGACUGGUUUUGACAAAAUACAAGACAGUGUGUUGGACCUUCAAAAAAUCUUAGAAGAAAACCAAAACAAUACAGGGGUGCAUUCAUUAGAUAAUUGUGCAGCCAUUUUUACAGAACAAAAGUCAUCUCUUAGCAGUGUUUCUCAAAAGCUGGUUUCUAUCUCUCAGAAGGUUCUAAGAUUGGACCAGUCAUCAGAAGAAAUGUACAAAGUCAUGACAGAAUCUUUUUUCGGUCUUCUUCAGAUGACAGAAACGUGCCUACAAUUUUCAAGAUGCAACCAGUGCAACAAAAGGCAAAAUGAUGUCCAAUCAAACCUUCGGGAUCUUAUAUGCACCUAUCGUCAGUUUGUCCAGGCUGCCCAACAAGUUGUAGAGUGUGAUAGUCGAGAUAUGCAUUUGAAACUACUGUCUCGGCAGUGCACGUCUCUUACUGCAGCUGUAUUUUGUUUAACUCAGCAGUUUAGAGCUGUAAUAUCUACAUGAAAUGCACAACAAUACUGUGCUGUUACCCAAAACCAUGUCUCCUCCAAAACGGACACCCAGAAAUGCUAGAAUUCAGAUGAAACUACAAUUUGCACAGAUUUGUAAUCAUUCGUUACUUGAUAGAAACAUUAGCUUGGUAGACAAUAGAAGUUGACUAUAUGAAGACUGAUUCAAGUCUUACCUGUCACAUCUGCCUGGGCAUAUAUAUAUUUGUCAGACUGGUCCAUCUAUGUUUAGGUUUUGUUGACUUGAUGAGACUAAAUGAAUGUUUCACAGUGUAUGCCAGAUUUGAAUAAAUUAAAAUAUUUAGUGUCAGUACAUAGCACAAUGAUAUCAGUAUUGCCUUAUGAUCAUUUAUACUUGGAUGAAUGGAGACUUAGAUGAAUGAGGCAUUAAAUAUAUUGCUCUAUACUCCAUGUACAAUUAUAAGAUUACGGCAGUAUAAUGAGCACUGUAUGUAUUUUUUUUAUUUUCCUUAUAUAUAGCUUCUCUCAAGUAGAAACAGUUAUUUGUAUAUAGCCACCAAAGAACUAGUCUACAAAACAUACCUGUCUAUAUUUUGAUCCACAAUAUAGGUGUUAUUGUUUUAUCUUGCAAAUUAAAGAGCUGAAUGAUUGUAUUUUGCUAUAUAUUAGAUGUAACUAUAAUAUAUGCCUAAUAUGCAUUUGUAUUUUUUCAACAUAUUAAAAAGAAAAGAUGUUGCACUAUAUAACAAGAAAAUAAAGUAUGUUAGUGACUCCAGGGUAAAAAAAAAACAACUUUUAAAGUGUCUGGAACAAUCAUAUUUGGAAUUCUAUAUAUUUAUAUGCUGUUAUAUAUAACUAAAAAAGUAUGCCAUGCCUUCUGUUUACAGGUAACAAAAUGUUUAAUUAUAUGUUACAGUUCUAUUCUCUUGUAUAUGUAUUGUUACCUUGGACCAUAGAAAUAUGAUGCAUAAUAAAAUGGCAGGAGCAUGUUAAAUAUCCCGAA